GGAGGUUCGUUACAGCCCUCCUAGCGGCUUGCCUAUCAGGCUCCACACUGACGUCCGCAGUUUCCAUUCACAAUGCCUCCUUCCCUCCAGUAUCCCUGCAUUCCCUGCAGCAGCAGGCAGCGGCUUGUCACGGUCGCCAUGUUAGUCUCGGAUUUCGGCCGCAGCAGCCGAGCUGUGGCUCAGGAGGCAGGAGACCCGGAGGCUCGGGAAUAACGCAGGGACACGCAGAGAUAUGCGCAGGAAGAUCGCUACGUUUCGGCACGACGAAGGACGAUCCGGACUGGGAACACAUGAUUGACCACAGCCGCAGCCAUGAAGGAAAACCUUUUUAUACCAAAUUUUAGACCCUAAAGAAUAGAUGGUAAAUAGUAGGGGUAAUGGCAUUAAAAAACUAGCUGACGAUUCGUUUAACCUCAGUGGCGGACCUCACAUAGGAGGGGCGCUUGGUGCUUUGCAGCGUCUGCAGACUUGCCAUUCAUGCGUUUUUUUGCCGAUCAUCAGCUCGAUGGAUAUGCUCUGACUUCUCUUUGUCGAGGAAUGAAUUUCCUGUGGAUUUGUGGAAGGGGCUGAUUUAAAUACGAAAGGAAACAUUGCUGCCAGCGCUGCAAUCAUACUCAGCCUGAAUCAUGUCGGGUGAGGUUCGUCUGAAGAAACUAGAGAAGCUGAUCUUGGACGGGCCGGCUCAGUCCAGCGGCCAGUGCUUCAGCGUGGAGACGCUGCUGGAUGUCCUGAUCUGCCUCUAUGAUGAAUGCAGCAGCUCGCCGCUCAGGAGAGAGAAAAAUGUAUUAGAGUUUCUGGAUUGGGCCAAGCCCUUCACAUCAACAGUCAAGCAGAUGAGGCUGCACAAGGAGGACUUUGAGAUCCUCAAGGUGAUUGGCCGUGGAGCGUUUGGAGAGGUUGCAGUGGUGAAGGUGAAAAAUGCUGAUAAGGUCUUUGCCAUGAAGAUCCUCAACAAGUGGGAGAUGCUGAAGAGAGCUGAGACGGCUUGUUUUCGGGAGGAGCGGGAUGUCCUGGUGAACGGGGACAGCCAGUGGAUCACCACUUUGCACUAUGCCUUCCAGGAUGACAACUACCUGUACCUGGUGAUGGAUUACUACGUGGGAGGGGACCUGCUUACGCUGCUCAGUAAGUUUGAGGACCGGCUGCCGGAAGACAUGGCACGAUUCUACUUGGCAGAGAUGGUGUUGGCCAUUGACUCGGUGCACCAGCUACACUAUGUUCACAGGGACAUCAAGCCAGACAACAUCCUAAUGGACGUGAACGGCCACAUCCGGCUGGCGGAUUUUGGCUCCUGCCUCAAGCUCAUGGAAGACGGAACGGUCCAGUCCUCAGUGGCAGUGGGCACCCCAGAUUACAUCUCUCCCGAAAUCCUGCAAGCCAUGGAAGAUGGGAAGGGCAAGUACGGCCCCGAGUGUGACUGGUGGUCGCUGGGCGUGUGCAUGUACGAGAUGCUGUACGGGGAGACGCCCUUCUACGCAGAGUCGCUGGUGGAGACCUACGGCAAGAUCAUGAACCACAAGGAGCGCUUCCAGUUUCCGGCCCAGGUGACGGACAUCUCGGAGAGCGCCAAGGACCUGAUCCGGAGGCUCAUCUGCCCGCGGGAGCACCGGCUGGGCCAGAACGGCAUUGAGGACUUCAAGCGGCACCCGUUCUUCACGGGCAUCGACUGGGACAACAUCCGCUCCUGUGAGGCCCCUUACAUCCCCGAAGUCAGCAGCCCCACGGACACGUCCAACUUUGACGUGGACGACGACUGCCUGAAGAACACCGAAACCAUGCCCCCUCCGUCUCAUACCGCCUUCUCUGGACAUCACCUGCCCUUCGUCGGCUUCACCUACACCAGUAAAUGUAUGGUGUCGGACCGGGGCUGCCUGCGUGAGUCUGCGGGGCCCGGCCAGAUGGACGUGUGCCUGCAGAGGAGCCUGGAGGACAGUCUUGCCUCCGAGGCGUAUGAGCGGCGCAUACGGAGGCUGGAGCAGGAGAAGCUGGAGCUCAGUCGCAAACUUCAAGAAUCCACCCAGACGGUGCAGGCAUUGCAGUACUCGAGCAUCGACGGGCCAGUUGUGGCCAGCAAGGAGGUGGAGAUUUUCAGCCUGAAGGACGAGAUCCAGAACCUCAAGAAGCAGAUUGCAGAAUCUGGCGACCUGGAGCAGCAGCUGGAGCAGGCCAGCGUCGCACGCAAGGACUUGGAGGAGUCCUCCAAACAUGUCAAGUCUCUGGAGAAGCAGAUAAAGAGCCUGAAGCAGGAGAGGGAUGACGUGCAGAAGGAUCUGCUGGAUGCCAACGAGAAGCUCAGGUCCCAGACCAAGGAGCUGAAGGAGGCGCACAGCCAGAAGAAGGUGGCCGUGCAAGGGUUCUCAGAGAUGAGCGAGCAAGUGACCGACCUGCGCUCACACAAGCAGCGCCUCACUCGCCAGCUGCGGGACAAGGAGGAGGAGGUGGAGGCCAUGUCCCAGAAGGUGGAGGGGUUACGCCUGGAGGUCCGCAAGGUCGAGAAGGUUAAGAAGGAGCUGGAGAUACAGGCCGAGGACCGGGAGGCGGAGGCCCAGAAGGAGAGGAAGCUGAGGGAGCACAGCGAGCAGCACAGCAGGCAGCUGGAGGAUGAGCUGGAGGGGCUCAAGCAGAAACAGGUGGGCCGUCCGGUAGGCGUGGGGGCCUCGGAGCAGCACCAGGAGCUGAGCCGGCUGCGGACCGAGCUGGAGAAGAAGACCGUCUUCUACGAGGAGGAGCUGUCCCGGCGUGAGCUGCUGCACACCAACGAGCUCAAAGCCCUGAAGAAGGAGCUACGUGAUGCUGAGGCCCAGCAUCUGGCCCUCAAGAAGGAGGUGAUGGUACUCAAGGACAAGCUGGAGAAGACACGGCGUGAGAGUCAGAGCGAGCGGGAGGAGUUUGAGGCCGAGUCCAAGCAGAAGUACGAGAGGGAGAAGACCCUGCUGGGCGAGGAGAACAUGAAGCUGUCCAGCGAGCUGGACAAGACCACGUCCAUGUUCGAGAAACUCAGCAGCAGUAACAAGCAGCUGGAGGAGGAGAUGAAGGAGCUGGCAGACAGGAAGGAGAGCGUGGCACACUGGGAGGCCCAGAUCACCGAGAUCAUCCAAUGGGUGAGCGAUGAAAAGGAUGCUCGUGGCUACCUGCAGGCUCUGGCCACCAAGAUGACGGAGGAGCUGGAAGGUCUGAGGAGCUCCAGCCUGGGGGCCAGACCUACGGACAUGCCCUGGAAGAUGCGGCGAUUCGCCAAGCUGGACAUGUCCGCCCGCCUGGAGCUGCAGUCAGCCCUGGAUGCUGAGAUCCGGGCCAAGCAGGGCAUCCAGGAUGAGCUCAACAAAGUCAAGGCCUCCAGCAUCUCCACCGAGUGCAAGCUGCAGGAGUCAGAGAACAAGAACCAGGAUCUGGUGGUGGAGAUUGAGAGACUGAAGAAGGAGAUUGAGGAUCUACGCGUGGGGAAGGGUGUGAAGCACCAAGACUCCCAGAAUUCAUUUCUGGCAUUUUUGAAUGCUCCUACCUCUGCCUUGGAUCAUUUUGAUCGCUCUCCCGCCUGUAUUCGUCCUAGCAAAGGCAGACGCACCGAUUCUGUGGACAACUUUCCCCUGUCCAACACUCUGUCCCGUGACGAGGAGGCCAAGUCACACCUCAUCUCGCGGUCGAGGUCGCCCUCCACAGCCAGCGACGUGGAGCCGCUCGAGCAGACGGACUCGCACGCCUGGCCCAUGCAGACGCCCAGACCAUCCUACUGUGGCACUGGCACCGUAACGCCCAAGCCCAGAGCUCACCAGUUUGUGGUGAAGUCCUUCAGUGUCCCCACCAAAUGCAACCAGUGCACAUCGCUGAUGGUGGGACUGAUCCGGCAGGGCUGUACCUGUGAAGUUUGCAACUUCUCGUGCCAUGUGACGUGCGCGGACAAGGCGCCUGCGGUGUGCCCCAUCCCUGCGGACCAGACCAAGGGCCCGCUGGGCAUCGACCCGCAGAAGGGCAUUGGCACCGCCUAUGAGGGGCUGGUCCGGGUGCCCAAGCCGGCGGGGGUGAAGAAGGGCUGGCAGAGGGCGCUAGCGGUCGUAUGCGACUUCAAGCUGUUCCUGUACGACGUGGCGGAGGGCAAGGCCUCCCAGCCCAGCGUGAUGGUCAGCCAGGUCAUCGACAUGAGGGAUGAGGAGUUCUCCGUCAGCUCGGUUUUGGCAUCUGAUGUCAUCCACGCCAAUCGGAAGGACGUCCCCUGCAUCUUCAGGGUGACGUCCUCUCAGCUGUGCACCUGCAGCAGCCACCGGAGCUCCGUGCUAAUCCUGGCCGACAGCGACCAGGAGAGGAACAAAUGGGUGGGCGUCCUGAACGAGCUGCAGCGCAUCCUGAAGAAGAGCAAACUGAAGGAGCGUUCCGUCUACGUGCCCAAGGAGGCCUACGACAGCACGCUGCCCCUCAUCAAGAGCACGCAGGCCGCCGCCAUCAUCGAUCACGAGCGCGUCGCUCUCGGCAACGAGGAGGGUCUCUAUGUCGUGCACGUCACCAAAGACGAGAUUAUCCGCGUGGGGGACAACAAGAAGGUGCACCACGUGGACCUGCUGGCCUCCGAGCAGCUCCUGGCCGUCAUCUCGGGCCGCAAUCGCCACGUGCGUCUCUUCCCCAUGGGGGCGCUGGACGGCAGAGAGACAGAUUCCUUCAAGCUGCCGGAGACCAAGGGCUGCCAGGCGCUGGUGUCGGGGCAGCUGCGGCACGGCGCCCUCACCUGCCUGUGUGUGGCCAUGAAGCGGCAGGUCAUCUGCUACGAGAUCAACAAGAGCAAGACGCGCCACCGCAAGCUGCGCGAGAUCCAGGCACCGGGGGCCGUCCAGUGGAUGGCGCUGAUGGGCGAGCGCCUCUGCCUGGGCUACCAGGCCGGCUUUGUACGCUACGGCCUGCCUGGCGAGGCUGCACCCGUCAGUCUGCUGCACCCAGAGGACCCCACCCUGGCCUUCAUCGGCCAGCAGAACCUGGACGCGCUCUGCGCCGUGGAGAUCUCCAGCAAGGAGCUCCUGCUCUGCUUCAGCUCCCUGGGCAUCUACGUGGACUGCCAGGGUCGCAGGUCGCGGCAGCAGGAGCUGAUGUGGCCGGCCACGCCCACCGCCUGCUGCUACAGCGCCCCCUACCUGUCAGUGUACAGUGAGAACGCGGUGGACGUGUUUGACGUCAACACCAUGGACUGGAUCCAAACGAUUCCCCUGAAAAAGGUCCGGCCCCUGAACUUAGACGGCUCCCUCAACCUGCUGGGCCUGGAAACAGUUCGGCUCAUUUAUUUCAAGAACAAGAUGGCAGAGGGCGACGAGCUUGUGGUCCCCGAGACGUCAGACAAAAGCCGCAAGCAGAUGGUGCGCAGCAUGAACAACAAGAGGCGCUUCUCCUUCCGUGUUCCCGAGGAGGAGAGGAUGCAGCAGAGGAGGGAGAUGUUGCGGGACCCUGAGAUGAGGAACAAGCUCAUUUCCAACCCCACCAACUUCAACCACGUCGUCCAUAUGGGGCCCGGCGACGGCAUCCAGAUCCUCAAAGACCUGCCCAUGCCGGGCUCCCCCCUCCUCCCCUGCCCCUCUCCACACAUGCGCCUCAUCUCCACCCCCACCGGCUUUCAGCAUGUCUGUCACAUGACCACCCGAAGCUUUCUCCCCCGAGACUACACGCCCUAUUCCAGCUACUCUCCAUCACUGCGCUCUUUCCCCGGGACCCCAGCCUCGGCCUGCUUCCGGAACGUCCGUUCCCAGGAGAGCCGGGCUGUGUUCAGUGGCUCCGUCAGCAUCCCAUCCAUCUCCAAGGGCCGGGGAGAGCCGGGCCGGUCCAUGAGCGCCAGCAGCGGCCUGGGCAUACGAUCCACGGCCCAGAACGGCAAUGCCAUGAGGAGGGACUUCAGCAGCAGCAGCUACGGCUCCAAGCGGCAGGCCAUGACCUCACCCUCCGAGAGCUCCCUGUCCUCGGGUGGGGGCAUGGAUGGGGCCAUGGAUGCCCCCAUCUCGCAGUUUGACAGAGAGGAUUCCGAUUCUCCCCGCCACUCCACAGCCUCCAACAGCUCCAACCUGAGCAGCCCCCCAAGCCCGGCCUCCCCGCGCAAGACCAAGUCCCUGUCCCUGGAGAGCACGGACCGCAUGGGCUGGGAGACGUGAGCCGGAGGCUCCACCCCAUAUGCCCAACAUGCCCCGCCCCCAUUUAGCCACGCCCACACAAAGGCACAUGGCCCCUGCCAAUCAUGACCUCAGGCCCCAGCUGGCUAGAGCACCACUGUUUGCAAUCGGAUAAAUGGAAGCAGACACCUUCAGACCUCAACAUAAGCAUGAAAAACAGGAAGUGGACAUCACCUGGACAGGAAGUCCCUGCUGGGUAAACGCAUCCUCCCCUUAUCAGGAAGCGGGUGUGGAGCUUGUGACCACAUGUGUGCUGGUGUGUGUUUGUGCGCGUGUGCGUGUGCUGCCUGAGAAAGGGAGAAAAAAAAUUGUUUUUGCACCCCCACCUCAAGCUGCCUUGAAGCUGAGUGACUCUGGGAUGAGUCCAGUCCAAUACAUACUCACAUUGUAAGUGGGUGAGGGACUGUCUUACCAAGAGUCACCAGCAGGCCGUGCCAGAGGAGGCGAGAGAGAGGAGAACAUGACUGGGGAAGAGAAUUAGCAUUUGUAAAUAACACGUAGAGACGGCACGAGCAAGAUGUUUAGUUAAGGUAUUUUAUUGAAUGGGUUUCUUUCGUUUUAUCAUACGGGGAGUGUGACUGAUUGCUCAGUUGAAUCGGUGUUUGAAAGGUGAGGAGGAAGAUUUUAUUUACUUAUCCAGUUUGCUUCUGCUGCUUUGUCUCUCAUAUAGACUACAGUUACCAUUUUCUUCUUUACAUUGAGUGGUAGCAAGAAAAAGUCUCUAUUUUCAAUAAGGGUUGUGACCCAAAUCCUGACAAAGAGGUGAUUUCCAUGGCUUGUAUGUGUCCCUUUUCUCUUUCUGAUUUGCUUUUAACAGUUGAGGCUGUGCUAUUACUCGGAAAAGAAACCUAAUCUUUAACGUAGUAAAAAUUCCCAGAAUGGUAAGUCGCUGGGAAAUGUUUGGGGUUGGUGGGCAUAUUGUAGUGACAUCAUCCAUCCCGCAGAUGGCACUAUUGCUGGGUGUCGUCUGCUCUGCUUUUGCCUUAAUUAGAUAAGCAGAGGUCAGGCUUUAGAGAGGAACAUACUUUGUUGCUUCAAUAAUGUAUCUAACUAAAAGUAAAAUUAAUAUAUGAGGAAAAAUGUUAUAAAGUGAAAUCUGUGACACGUAUGGCAAUUUUUAUUUCUGUUUUAAGCUUGAUAGAAUUCUUAGUACUUUGGGCAUAUUCAAACAGAAAAGCCAUUUUAAUCAUUUUUGUUGUGUCUGAUUUGCAUUUAGUUGCCUUUUACAGUGGGUCAUCAGUAUUUGGUGAAAUUCGGUGCAGUUCACUGGAACCACCACCUACUCUAUGCUCACACCCGUUGGUCGCCACAGACACGCACACACUCAUGUGGAUUUAGGGACCACAGACACACACAUGUGGAUUUAGGGACCACAGACACACACACAUGCAGAUUUAGGGACCACACACACACACAUGCAGAUUUAGGGACCACACACACACACACGGAUUUAGGGACCACAGACACACACACACACACGGAUUUAGGGACCACAGACACGGCCUUGUUACCUUCCACUGACCUGCCGUACUCUGGCUAACCUUUUAUCACUGGAGCAAUAAUCCCACACUUCCAAAGAAAUAUAUUCUUUUCUGAUUUGUUGGUAUUUGUUUUAUUGUCGUUCUGUUCAGGUCUUUGUUUCCAUAGCUUCUGUGGUUUUCUUUUCGGGUAAGCUGAGUGCACCUUUGCGGAAACCCCAAGAGCGAUUUUGCUAAAGAAAAAAUUCUUUUGACAUUAGAGUAGUCUUACUACUUACUCAUGGUAACUGACAGCAUUGUGUGACGGAUUCUACACCUUCUCAUUAGUCUGGGGAUCAAAUUGCUGAAGAAAUACGGACCACGCAAUCAUGAAUUCUUCGCUACCAUUCAAAAACCAUGAAAGACUGAUAGAAUAGAGAGACUGUACCAGUUAUGCCAUUGUAGUAAUGCGGUAUUCUUUGAAAGUGACUGGGAUGCUAUUUUCAUUUUUAAUCUUAUUGACAUUCUAUCAAAAACUAGCUCCAUUCCUGCGGGGUAUUUGGGGUUAUAUGGGUAUUUUGGAAAUAUGUACUUUCUCUUAAUUAACACUGUCAAUCUUGCAUAUGCUCGCAAUAAAGUUAAAUGAGCGUAGUGCCCCUUCAUUAAAGGAUGUAAUGCCUUAAGGAAUUAAAGUACAAACAUGGGACACAUAAUUAAUUGGACCAGCUGCUUGCUAUGUUUUUAUUUUUUUAUUGUAUUUAUUUGAUGGCCACUGAAAGCGUUCCUGCAGUGAGAAUAACUUGGCAGUGUUUUCAUGCUCCUGUGGUUUGUCUGCCCUGUUUUCCGUGUGGAUUCCCAUGGGUUUGACUCAAUCAGUCAAGUUUUCAUGUGGCUACAAAGCUGAAACAAUGUUAGUUAAUAGCUAGUUAAGUCUCCGUCACUUGUGUCUGGACAGCAAUAUCUCAAUGUAAACGGCUUUUCUAUAGUAGACUGCAGUAUUUUAGUAAAGAAUAGAGCAAUAUUUGUCCAGCCCGUUCAGAAAACAAACUCCUUUGCAUCUGAUUUUAAACCGAUUCAUUUUCCCAGAUGCUUCUUUUCCUCGUGAAGUUAAGCUGCUCAACUAAUAUUAAUGAAUAAUUAAUAUUAUUGUUGGACCAUAUGAUUAUGUAUUCCAACAUUUGUUUUGUUUUUCAUCUUGAAUCGAGUCCCACCUGAGGCUUGAGUGGUAAAAAAGGAUCAAAGGGGACUCGGCAUCGACCCUUAAUCAGAAAGCGAUUCAGACAUAUCGGGAUCGUCGCCAUUUGCACUUAAACCGAUAAGGAAAAAUCCACUUUUAUACGUUCAGACCCCGAGUACUUAUAUGACAACCUUGGUGUACUUACGUGAUAUACGUAUUUGCAGGCUUUGUUUGUAUUGGUCAGUCCAGUUUUCUGCAGAAUGAUUUGCUGCGGAGAGAGAAUCUCCUUGCUAGGUAGCUCACUUGGGACAGGCUUUUCCACUGCGUCUCAGCCAGGAAGCCUGUGUGUUAAACUCAGGACCGUCUAGAACCAAUGAUUAUAAUAAUGCAAUGAGGAAUAUCUCCAAGCGGGACUAUACAGGAAACUAGCAGCUGCCGGAUAAGCAGCUAUAGCAUAGCUAUAAUCAAAUAUAGUGAUUAAUUCUGCAGAUAAUGUGACAGGAGAGAGUUUGGUGUUGUGGCUUUUAAGUGGGUGGGUGGCAAAGAGGGUCAGGCUCAAUGGGUCAAAGCUGAAUUGUGUUGAAGAUUUGUUUUGUUUUGUUUUUUUUUUUUGCUUUUCGUUGACGUUUUACCUGCAUUGUAUGUUAUUUGCUAUUUCAUAUCAUAUUAAGUUUAUAGGAUUUCUUUGUAAGAAUAUGUACAGUUUUGCAUGUCAUAGGUGUAAUCACUUUUGUUGUUAGAAUUUAAGGCUGGAUUUUUUUUUAAAUUUUAUUAUUGUAUUAUUAUUUGAGUUGCCUAUUUGAAAAUGUUGGGGAUGUUACAGAGGAUAGCCCACUGUGGCUGAUGUAGAUUCUUUUUUGCACAGAACUAUUUAAGGUGGAAGUUCAACAAGUAAAGUAUGGGACCGGCCACCACUCUCUCUAUGUGGGGGGGGGAGGGGGGAAAUCCAUUAUUAUAUUAACCGGACUUUGAUGUAUUUCAAUAAAACAGGAAAACUGUUAGAAUUACGA